GCUCAUUCCGUCGGUCGGUCCUUCCUGCUUCCCCGCACGUUUCGCGCUAUGGAACAGAGUCUCCUGUCCGCCAGCAGCACUUGAGGAGCCGGGAAGCAGCCCCCCGCGAUGGAAGAGGACCAGGAGCUGGAGAGGAAAGCAAUAGAAGAACUGCUUAAGGAGGCGAAACGUGGAAAAACUAGAGCAGAAACGAUGGGACCUAUGGGGUGGAUGAAGUGUCCUCUUGCUGGUACAAAUAAAAGAUUUCUAAUGAACACAAUUAAGAACACAUUGCCCCCACAUAAAGAGCAAGACCAUGAACAAAAAGAGAGCAAUAAGGAACCUGUGAAGAACCAGAACCAGAAAGAAGAAAACCCAAAGAAGCACCGAACCCAUCCAUACAAGCCCAGCUUCCGAGCACGAAGUAGAGGCAGUUAUUCUCCGGCACGGAAGCGGAACACCAAGGAGAAGUAUGAAAAGCAUUCAAACAAGCGAUGAGGCACGAUGGAGAAACAGCACGACUGUGGCAAGCAACAAAUGCCGUCACACUUGGGACUGGGGGACAUGUGGCUUUCUUUAAGCAGAGGGGUUAUUGAGUACCGGUUUUUAGCUGGCAGAGAAAAUGCCCAAGAAUGAUUUUUACAGUAGAUCUUUUGUUGUUUUUAAAGAGGCUGUUGGUGACCAGCAAAAUGACCUAGCGAUUCUUCAAAGAAAUUAGUACAAAGGGACUGGUCUGAAGAUGUCUGGGCAAGUUUAAACUCCUUCUGCAAUACAGAUGUAUUGUUUUUAUUCUAUCUUGUUUAGAAACUCACUUCAAAGUAAGCAAAGCUAGAAUUUAAAUUAAAAAUUUUCAGAGAUCGAUGAAA